GGUUAGUUAGCAACGGUCUCUGAAUGAGUGGCUCCAUAUUUUUGGGCCCUUACUCUGUGCCAAGCCCUAUGCCCAGCAUCCUCCAGGCACCACCUCGUGUAAUUCUCAGAACAACUCCCGAGGGAUUUAUGGGAUUCAUUGGUCUGGUUGGGGAGCCAGGAAUCAUGGGAGAAAAGGGUGAUCGUGGCAUGAUGGGACCCCCAGGCGUGCCUGGACCCAAGGGGUCGAUGGGUCAUCCUGGAAUGCCAGGUGGUAUGGGGACCCCUGGAGAACCUGGACCCCAGGGUCCUCCAGGAUCUCGAGGCCCACCAGGCAUGAGGGGAGCAAAGGGACGUCGGCCCAGCUCUGGGAUCCGUGACCUUUGCAGCACGAGGCAAGGUUCCAGGCUCACCCUGGACCUGGCUCUGCGG